UCAAGAGCUCUCGGUCCUACAAACUGAUAACCCCCAACGCUCAUUACGCUCAUUAUGAUUCUCCAACAGCAGCUGGACUGAUAAGCCACAGUGCCGAUAAUAUUCCCAAUUCCGUUGUCCACAUUCCUAUCGCUGGAUCCUGCGCCGUGAGCAGCAUUCGCAGGCCUCUUGGCCUCCCUCGCACUUAUCAUGGCGGACGAGAAGCCCAACAAAUACGAGGCCCUCCCCAUACCGACCUACGAAGAAGCAAUUGGGUCCUCCUCUCGUCCCUCUGCUACGCACACAUCUGAAUCCUCCGAUCCUGCCGAACGAGAAGGGCUGCUGGGCUAUAACCCGGAAGGCCGUCUCCCCGUGCCAACUCGACGAGCUGGCUAUCGUCCCCCACCCACCGACGGCAGUCCCUCAGUGCGCGACUCCGGAGAGCAUGAGCACGAUUCCUUUCUCAAUCAGCACAAUGAGCGGCGAGACAGCUCCAGCACGGAGGGGGAUGAGGUGCGCCGGGAGAUGGAGGAGAUGGAGAUUUCGGACCCGCCGGCGCCGCGAUCAGCCUGGGGAAAGCGGAUUUCAUCAUUGUCGCAAUCAUUAUCUUCGAUAAACCUGCCGUUCAAGUGGAAGUUUCCGCGGUUCAAAAUUAGAUGGAAGUGGCCGCGCUGCGAUGCGAAUAUGUGUAUAUUUUUGGGAAGAUGUUUUGCGGUCCUACUGGUUAUGGCGGUGGUGUAUCUACUGUUCAUGAGUGAUAUCUUCACGAAUGCGGCACAGAGGAUGAGCGCGCAGGUGUUUGACCCAGAGAGUGUGAGGAUUCAUGUUCAAAGUGUGGUCAGCCCCGGCAGGAUAGAGGAGCAUCUGAGAAAGAUCACGCAAAAUGAUCACUUAGCGGGCACGGAAGGUGAUUACGUGCUGGCAAAGUAUGUGCAGGACUCUUUCCACUCGUCGGGACUGGAGGAUAUACACAUGGAUGAGUUUCACGUCUAUUUAAAUUACCCCAAGGAUGGAGGCAGGAAAAUCGAGAUUUUGAAAGAGGAUGGUAGUGUGCAAUGGUCGGCGAAGGUUGAGGAGGAUCCGAUGUAUACGGAUCCACCAAGGCAACAGACACCCGUUUUUCAUGGCCAUUCGAGAAGCGGAGAUGUUACAGGACCCCUAAUAUAUGCGAAUUACGGGUCGCGAGGGGAUUUUAAGAGGCUCGAGGAUAGCGGUAUUGAUACCCACGGGGCUAUCGCAUUGGUCAGACAUUCUGGAAGUGAGGGAGACGGAGCGUUGAAAGUCAAGGCUGCAGAACUAGCUGGGUUUGCAGGGUGUAUAAUUUACAGCGAUCCAGCGGACAAUGGAUUCCUAAAGGGGGAAGUUGCUCCCAAUGGGAGAUACAUGCCGGAAGGAGGAGUGCAGCGUGGCACUGUGGGCUUGGUGAAUUGGGUGGUGGGAGACAUUCUCACACCUGGGUGGGCAAGCACACAAGGGGCCAAGACGAUUCCGAAGGACAAUAAUCCUGGAUUGGUCAAUAUUCCUAGUAUUCCCAUAUCUUGGGACGACGCUCAGCACUUGCUGCAAUCGAUCAAGGGGUUUGGCCAAGCUUGUCCAGACGAGUGGAAAGGGGGUAUUCCCAAUACCGAGUACUGGUCGGGCAAUCUCUCUUCGCCCAAGGUGCAUUUAGUCAACGACCAAGAUGAAGUAGAGAAACAACCUAUCUGGAACGUCAUGGGUAAAAUACACGGCAUUGAACAGAAGGAGAAAUCUAUAAUCAUUGGCAAUCAGCGCGAUGCUUGGGUCUACGGUGCUGCAAAUCCAGGGUCAGGUACUGCCGUAAUGCUUGAAGUCGCCUCUAUUUUCGGCGAUCUUGUUCAGCGUGGUUGGCGACCACUACGUACCAUUGAGUUUGCUUCCUGGGAUGGCGGGGCAUAUAACCUCAUCGGUUCGACUGAAUAUGUCGAGGGCAAUAUCGAACGCCUCCGGCAAGAUGCAUUUGCCUACCUCAAUGUUGGCACGGGUGUUGGUGGACAGGAGUUCAAAGCAAAGGGGAGCCCGGUGUUCCGAAAAUCUUUACUUCGAGUCCUGGACAGGACAUCAGAUCCUGCGCAAAACGUCACACUCCGUGAACUCUGGGAUCGUCGCGGUGGGGAAUUGGAUGGUCUGGGUGCUGGCGGCGACUACGUUGCCUUCCAAGAUAUCGCUGGCACAUCAAGUCUGGACUUUGGAUUCGAGGGUGAUAGCCCAUACCACUCCGCAUACGACACUUUCGAGCAGGUGGCCCUAGCUGAUCCUGGAUUCCAAUACCACGGUGUUCUCGCCCAAAUCUGGGCGUUACUCAUUCUUGAAUUCAGUGAUCGUCUUGUGCUCCCAUUUGAUAUCUCGGCCUACUCAGCAGCCGCUACAAAAUGGUCUAUUGAUCUCGAAAACUGGGCCGAGAACAAAGGCGCUAAUCAAGAGGGGAAUACACCCUGGAAUGUGGAACCACUUCGGGAGGCAGUACUGCAGUUUGCGAAUGAUGCGAAACUGUUUGAGCAGUGGGAAGUGGAGUGGGAUAACAUCGUGUUAGGAGGCGGUGGUUUCGAAAAUGCGAUUUUGUCUGCCCACAGGCAGAGCCAUAAUACUCGAAUGGCGAAUUUCGAAACGCAUUUGUUAGGUUUGGAGGAAGGCGGCGGGAUACCUAACCGCACACAAUUCAAACAUGUAAUCUUUGGACCGCAGCUCUGGUCCACCGACGAGGCAUACUUCCCUGCCAUUCGCGACACUGUAUUAGCCGGUGAUUGGACAGCAGCGAAGGAACAAGUCGAGAAAGCCGCGGCAAUACUUAAAAGAGCAAGUAAAAAGCUGAUUGGCAAUGUAUGAAUGGUGGUGAGAUGAGUCGUAUAUUUAAUCUUGUUCAAGCGAUUGGGACGGUGCAUGGGUGGCGUUAGGGUAUCAGGCAUUGUAUAACUGUGGUCGGCUUGAACUGUUCAUAUUCCUAGCCCGACAUAUUUUACAGGACAAAGAAUCAACAUUUUCUAUGUCAUCUUUGAUAUCUUAGCUGUCUCCCGACAUUCAAGGCUAAGGAUUGGCAG